CACACACACACACACACAGUGCCACUCUCUUUCUUACACAUACAGCUCACUGGACACGGAGACGGGCGCGCGGGUACAGGACCUCCUCCAGCUGUUCAAGGCGUGCGCUUUGGCGUUGUAAACGGAUGUUCCCGGAGUGACCCGACAGGCUUCCUCGCGUGCGUUCUCCUGCGUAACAGCGUUGAGGCUGCGGAUGGAGCCCAGCUGGAUAAUGCAUGCGCAUCCUCCUCAUCCUCGUCCUCAGGGCGCGCUGGGCUGCCCGGACCCAUCCGAGCGCCACGCCAUCGCGGUACAUCACGGCCCCGCGUACCCGGAUCAGCACGGAUCCCUACUGCCCGCAGAGGAGCGGGACAUGUUCCUCAGUCCCGCAGAGCCUCAGGGGAACCCGUACUUCCACGCGCACGCGCCGCAGACACACUGUCGAGCGCGCGCGGGCUACAACUCCGCUCAAGCUCGACUGUCCGGUGGUUCCCUGUACAGACCCCCAGUCCUUCACUCUCCACCUUUCCCCUGGAUGGACACCUCGAGAGCGGUUCCUCCUGCGCACCAGCACGCGCCUUCCUGGACUCCCGUUUCUUUCUCUAAAUCGUGUCCGGUGUUUCCAGCCUCCUGUCCGCAGCCCUGCCGCAUGCCCCCCUCACCGGCCACCGACACGACUCCAACACCUCUGCUGAACGGCCUGGAGACUGAGAGUUGCGGCACGAGUGAGCGCGCGUGCACCUAUUACAGCGUGGCGGGAGCUCGAGAGAGCGUGGAGAGACCUCCGGGAACAGCUAAGAGCAAACACAGAGCGAGCCCUGGAGGCCGUGAGUGUGUAAACUGCGGGGCGACCUCCACUCCUCUGUGGCGGCGGGACGGUACAGGUCAUUACUUGUGUAAUGCUUGUGGACUCUACCACAAGAUGAACGGCCAGAACAGGCCACUCAUCAGACCCAAACGCCGGCUGUCAGCAGCCAGGCGAGCGGGUACUUGCUGUGCAAACUGCCAGACAGCCACUACUACACUGUGGAGACGUAACACCAAUGGAGAGCCUGUUUGCAAUGCCUGUGGCCUUUACUACAAACUGCACAAUAUGAAUCGUCCGCUCACUAUGAAGAAAGAAGGUAUUCAGACUCGAAACAGGAAAAUGUCCAGCAAGUCUAAGAGAAGGAGAGGGGAGAGCUCACACCAUCUGACCAGUAUCAUGAGGGACAAACCACUGGCCUUCAACCACAUUACGAAUAUUUCACACCCUUUCACUAUGACUCCGGCUAUGGAGUUACAUCCAGCCUUUAGCCACACCCACCAGACUAGUUUGGUUACUGCCAUGGGCUGAUCUUUAGAACCCACGUUCCACAUUUGUGAGACUUGCCUGCACACAGACACAGACAAGCCCUUAAUGAACACACAAGUUUUUAAAUGAUACAUUUUUGUAUAGUCAUUGGCUCUUGUAAGAGCUUUGUUUUUUAGGUUUUUGUUUUUUGAACAUUUUUACAUUUUCAUUGCCUGAUUCAGUAAGUAAUAAAUGGCACUUUAACAUGGAAACUCCAGCAAUAUAGUUUAGACGAUUCAGGUUUUUAUUUUACUGUGUAUUCACUGGUCAUUUAUUGUCUUUUGUUGUUCAGUGAAUUGGUAAUUAACUACCUAAUUGCUCCUUAAAUACAAUAACAUUUAAUGUACAGUGGUUCUCAAUCUGGAACUCAACACCCCCCAAGAUGGUCCACAUGGUUGCACUGUCUCAGCUUCCAACAAAUAGGACUGGAGCAUAAAAGUGUACCAUUUGAGAGACCCCGCCUCAGUACAUCUGCCAGUGCACAGUUGUAAAUAUAUUACCCUUGAUUUGGUCUGAAUAUGGGAGCAGUCGUGGGCUGGAGGCUAGGGUUCUGGCCCUGUGACCAGAAGGUUGCCGGU